GUUUCCAAAAACAUUCCAGCUCUCCUACAAAAAGGAAACACAAAAGGGAGAAGGAGCUGUGCCCGUUGACUGGUAGCAUCUGGCAGUCUCUGAGAAAAAUUACUGGCUGCAGCUUCUUGAAGCUCUACGUAUUUCUAUCCAGAUUGCCCUGGGCAUCAAUCAUCUUGUUCUCCACCAUGAAGUUCCUCUUAUUCUGUUGUCUCUUUGGCACUUUCUUAGCUACAGGCAUGUGUCUCGACUGUGAACAAUGUGUGAUGUGGGGCCAGAAUUGUACCGGCUGGAGAGAAACCUGUGAAAAUAAUGAAGAUACUUGUGUUACCUAUCAAACUGAAGUGAUAAGACCCCCUCUGUCCAUCACUUUCACUGCAAAAGCCUGUGGCACCUCUGACACUUGCCAUCUUGACUACGUGGAGACAAAUCCACAUAAUGAACUAACAUUGAGGGCCAAACGAGCCUGCUGUACAGGGAAUGAAUGCGAAACUCUGCCACCUCCUGUGCUUGAAUCCCAAAUCCACCGACCCAAUGGACUUCAGUGUCCUGGAUGCAUUGGACUCACCUCAACUGAAUGCAAUGAAUACCUGGUUUCCUGCCAGGGAUCUGAAAACCAGUGUAUGACUAUAAUGAUGAAGAAACCUGGUAAGGACAGACUCCCUUUAGAAUUGUGAUUCGAGAGUGGGAGG